AUGAGUAAAUCAGAAGAGAAGUUACCUGAAAUUACAGAGACCAAUGGCAAUUUAAACAAAGAUGAUGAAAGAAAAAAUUGGGUAAAAUUUGAUGAUGAGACUCCGCAAACAAGCGAUUUAAAGGCAAAAACAAAUUCAAACAAGAAUGAGUCUAUUGUAGAAGGAAACCAGAUAUCAAAUACUGAAAGACCGGCUGUUUUAAAGACUGAAACUGUACACGUUAAUCUAGAUCGCAUUGAAAACAAUAUUGAACCAAUAUCGCAGAGUGCUGUUAUGAAAAAUGUAGAAUAUAUAAAUAUUCGACACGGAUUUUCUAAUGGUGACGUUAUUGUGACCUUGUUACCAACAAAUACGAAAUGGCCAUGGAUAACUGCAGCGAGAUUUCGUCCUGAACUUGUACCUGAGGAAUUGAUGGCACAAGGUUUAACUUUAACUGUUGAGGAAUAUGUUCAUGCAAUGGAAUUGCUUGUUAAUGAUGCUCGGUUUACACUAUAUAAUAUCUGUUAUAAGCGAGUCUUACUUUGUUGGAUAACUAUUGCAUUUCUUGUACUCCUUACUCUACUGUUUUCUGGCUUGACUGGACUCACGUUAUUUUCACUAGGAGUGAUGUGGUUAGUACUGAAUGCAAUGGCUAUUUUUCUUUGCAUGUGGAUAAAGUUGAAGCUUUCAAAAGGAUUGGAGCAAUGUUUAGCAAGUGUUAAUAAAUUAUUGAAUAAACAUAAACUGCUGCUAGCACUAGAUGACCGGGGUAAAAUAUCAUGCCACAAAGUGAAUCUAUGUUACAUUUAUUUUGAUUCAGCACCUUGCAUAGCACAUAUUCAACAGUUCAUUGAAAGUGAAGAAGGUAAAACAAUAAUGCAAGGAUGGGAACAGAGAUUAGAUGUAUCUGCUAAUGAUAUUGUUAUUCAAGGAAGUCAAUCAACAAGGCUAUCCCGUAAGCAGGAUAUGGCAGAGCAAGUGUACGUCCGGUAUCUCCAGCGGUGGGGGAAGGACUUCUUGCGCCGCCGGCUCGACUGGACGCUAGACGAGGACGGCGGCAACCCCGCGGCGCCGCGGCACUUGGCCAACGCGCUCUGCCCCUGUCAGUAUGUCGAGGAAAUAUUGCGCAGCAAAGAGCCUAAAGACACUCGUGCCUGUUGUCCACCGUGCAACAACUGGCUCAGGCGGCGCGGUCUCGAC